AGCUCUGGAUCUUGUUUCAUGUACCAGGAAAUAGGUAGGAGAAAACCAGUUGCGGGGUUAGUCCCUUAAUUAUUUCUUGUUUUGCCUUGCUGACGUUGUCUAAUUAAUUGCGAUGGAUCUUUCCCAGUUCUGGCUCGGAGUGGAAAGGCUGCGGCAGCAACAAGCAGUUCAGGAUGAGGAACCCUCUAGCAAGCUGCGCAUAUGACAGGGCAUAUCAAGAUCUGAAAGGAUUUUCCAAACAUGGAGAUCACUUCUGCAAGCAACUCUUGUCUAUUCUACAACAGAGGGCUAAUUUGGAGAUUACAUAUGGGAAAGGGCUGGAGAAAAUGGCCAGCAAGCUCACCAAAGUGUUGGACAAAAUGAAGGUCAAUUAUAUUUGCAGUUCCUGGCUUUGCGUUUCGGAGGGGAUGAAAUCUGCAUCAGGUUUGCACAAGCAACUUGGCAAAUCUAUUCAGAUGGAAGCAAUAAGCCCAACCAAACACGUCCUGGAGCAACAUGAGAAAAGGAAAAGAGCACUAGAUAAUACCAUUGAGAAGACAGCUGGAGUGGUUAUCAGCAACUGGCAUCAACAAAUAAAGGCUAAGAAGAAGUUAAAGGAAUUUACGAAGGAUCAUGAAGCCCUUUUCCGUGAUACAGAAAGCUCCCAGCCGUUGGCUUCCCCAAAGACCAAAAAAAAGUUGCUCAGAACCCUGGAAAAAUCUGCAACAAAACUGGCAAAGGACGAUGAAGAUUAUUAUAAGAAGAAUUUAGCUGCCUGUGAAAUGAGGUUAAAAUGGGAAACCACUUUAGAAAAUUGCCACCAGACCCUUCUAGACCUGGAGAAGGAAAGACUGCAUCUUCUGUGCAAUACAUUGAAUCGUUACAGCCAGCAUCUCUCCAGCUUUGGACAAAACCUAAUUGCUUGCCACACAAAGAUCCAUACUGCCGUCGCUGAAGCUGAUGCUGACAAGGACACGGAGACGUUGGUGGAAGCAAUGACCAUGCCUGCCGCAGAGACCAAACGGGAGUUCUUGCUAACAGACUAUUAUGAGGAAGAUUCUACAAGCCUAAUUGAAAAGGAGAGGAGACAGGCUUCCCUCAAAGCUAAAGUGCUACGCCUGCAAAAAGACCUAGAGAAGGCCGUACAAGACAAAACAGGCUUGGAGCGGAUGCUUAAAGCUUAUACAGAGACUCCACAGUUCUCGGAUGCAAAGAAUCAGAAUGAUAUCACGGCACAGCUCGAUGAGACAACUCUGAAAGCUACCCUUUUGCAAGCAAACCACUUCAAGUUGGUCAGCGUGCUAGCACAAGUCGAACAGAAGCCCAAGCCAGCACCACUCUGGAACGACUGCAUUUCAAAAUGGAAAGAGAAGGACUGUGUGCAUAGUUCUGUGGUAAUCACUUGUCCAGUUAAAAUGAAAUACUUUAAGCGAACGCUGAGCACCAGGGUUACCAGUGAAGUAAGAACUAACUCGAGCUGCUUGCCAGCAACCGCCAGCAAUUCAAAGUCAAUGACGUCUUUGCAUCCAGAGAACGGCGAUUCGGUGUAUAGAACUUGCACAGCUUUGUAUGAUUACCAUACAGAACGGGAGGAUGAGCUUUGCUUGAAUCAAGGUGACAUGAUUGUAAUUCACCACAAGGAAGAGGACGGAUGGUGGUAUGGAUCUAUAAAUGGGAAGAAAGGUAUUUUCCCAGCUACGUAUGUGGAAGAACUCCUUCCCUCUGCUGACAAGAGCCUCACUGUGGACGAAGAAACCUCUCUUUAAACUGGACAGGCGAGAUGACCACAAUUGGGAUGGAUCGCAAGUCCACCUUCUGAUGCUGAUCUUUUCACCUUGGCAAGACAUCAGUUCAAGUAUCUCUAAAUGCCUACCCUUUCUAUGCUGAGACUUCAAACAAAGCCAACCCUUCCAAGCCUGUAUUAUUGGAAGCUUUGAAAGAUUCGACAUAAAGCUCAACUUCCAUUUAGUGAAUUAUCACACCAUCAUAAAAAUUAAG